AUGUCGAGAACACCGCUCCUGCCCUCCUACGACUCCGCGACGCAGCGUGCGCCCUACGAGAGGGAGGAAGCCUUGGCACAUCUCGGAGCAGAAUUCCGAAGCCGAACAACCCUAGAUGUGCUCUGCAUGAUAGUAUUCCCAGGGACUGCUAUCACAGCUACCGUGUGGGCGACUCGUAGCGGGACAGCCGCGCCUAAGGUACCGCUUGACACAGUCCCUACACUCCCCUACUUCGCCUCUCUUUUCCUUGUUCUCUCAUUCAGCCUCUGGGCUGGUUAUCUGAUAUCAAUCGCAUAUGACGCGGCCCGUGUUCCGCGUUUGCUGCGCCAGAUCGUGGUUGGGGUGUCUAGUGGAGGGAAGCUAGCGCUAGCGGUAGUGCACGGGCUUAUUUGGGUGGGGUAUAGGCAGUUCUUUGCGGAGUGGCGACAGCCAAAUUGGGUUAUUGUGUUUCUGGCGGUGCAGUCUUGGUGGGAUGUCUUGCUUUUUGUGGUUUGUUGGUAUUUGUUAAGUUAGGGGCUACAGGAGGUUAGGUAUUGUCGGCCCGUAUGUGAUGGGCUGAGCCUUUGUAGCAUGGGAUCUCGGUGCGCAACCACAGAAUCCGGGUGCGGAGGCCUACACCUGGAUUCUGCCCAUCUGAGAGGCGAUCAGACGAAGCGCACGGGGCAACGCUCAGAUCACCUGAAAGAGCUAUUUCUCCGGAGCCGCACCUAGAUACAAGCCCCCAGCUAAGCAGUAGAUAGAUCUCUAUCGAAUACAAUCCUGUUUACCAGCGUACGUAUGUACCACUGGU